AUGUCAAACGUGCCUGGGCCUCCUCCAUCGCCGACUGAGAAGUUGACUGUCAAGAACGUCUUGCGAGUCAUCGGUACUGGUAUCGUUCUCAGUUCUAACAUCAUCAAUGGUUUCAGCAUUGCAGUCAUUUUUAUCUAUCUUGGCUCAACCAUUCCGGUACUGACGCCAUAUGCCGACUAUGUUGCCGUGUACAUGCUUGGGGCGAGGUCCAUAUUUCUCGCAUGCGUGUUUUUUGUCGGAUGCUAUUGGUGCUGUCUUCGACUAGUAGCACCGAAGCAGGCCGGAAGCAGUAUUUCCGAGUGGGGUCCAAAAGCGCAAGCACAGUUCCGCGAAGCCUUGAGUCCAAGCAACGAAAAACUAGGCAGAGCGGGGAAAAUAUAGUACGCAUUGUUAGUUUUGGUGAACUGUUCAUGCUAAACCGAAAGAGUGGCUGCUGAUGUUCUUAUGAUUCCAGCUACGACGGGCGGACUUAACGCCUUCAGUGGCCUUUAUCGUAGCUUCUGCUUCUGGAAAGAACCCGGGUUCAGCGUGCGCGAGCUUGUGAUGAAUGUGGUUUUCCUCAUUUGUGCCGCCUGGUCAAUCCAAAUCGCCUAUGUAGGAAGGGUGUCAACGAAGAAGGGCACCAGAGGCGAGAACAUGACAGUGGGCAAUAAUUGCAGUCAACCUAAAUCGAAUGAGCUUACUCCAGUAGGCAAAUAUAUCGACGA